AUGCUAGAAACCCCGUGGCUUUCUCUCAAAGACCACCUCCCCAGUCACGACCAAUCGCUUCCCCUACUCGCCGAGAACACCGAGCUGCUAGCCUUGAAGGUCACAAGCGCCGUAUCACCGUUAUCACUCGCGGCGUCUCGACCCUCACCGCACCGGCAGCACCGCACACUCGGGUUCAACCCACCAGCCACCACCCAAGACAAGUUCGACAAAGUAAAUAUCCUCCCGCUGAAACUUUCGUUGCCUCAUAUCACCUGUCGACCUUGCGUAUCACAGACCUCUAAAAAGGCGACGGGUCCCUCCCUUGUUGACCUAGUCAACGGUGCUAAGAAGAAGAAGGGAAAACAGGAGGCAGGGGACCACUGUAACCCCUAUUACAAACACCAUACAAAACACAAACGACAAGUCCCCCAUCUCACAAUGUCUCUCCCCCACAAACUCAAACGGGAGGCAAUGGGCUGUCCAACUACCGAAAUGCCCCUCCCGCUGAUGCCGCUCGUCUUCCUCGCCCACUUCGCGCAGACCGUGACCGACGUUCUCACAACUGAGGCCCGGCGCACGACGACAAACCUCUCCAAGAACAUCGACGCCCUCCGCCUGCAGGUUCGCGGCCCAGAGCACUCCUUCGCACCCUUCCCCCGCCUGCCCCCGGAACUACGCCUCAAGAUCUGGAACCACGCCUUGCCGCCGCGGACGCUGCUUGCCUCGCACGCCCCGAACCCGUCCUUGUUGUCGGUGAACCGCGAAGCAAGGCACGAGGCGCUGCGGCGGUACACUCUCGUCCGGCUCAAUACGUGGGGCGACCGGCGGAUCUAUAUCGACUUUCAGAGGGAUAGCAUUGCCAUCGUCGAAGGGAAAGGUGGCGGUGGGUUCCCCGUGCGUGGGGCGCGGCAUGUCAUCGUCGUCUGCGAGGAGCCAUUCCAGAACCCUGGGUCGUAUCUGAAGUGCCGGUACCGUGCCGGUUUAGACUCUUUGACGUUGGUCAUCGGGGCAAGUCCGUCGUGCCCUACGCCGCUCCCUAUCAUCCGGGAGCUACAAACACCAGAGGAUGUGCAGCGGAGCCUGGGCUAUUCCAAAGAGGAGUCCGAGAGGAUAGGGAUGGAGGUUAGAGAUCUGGCUCAGGGGUGGGGGAAUACCCAAGUCCACGUGGGAGAGUUUGUUUGA